GCUCGCUCGCUCGCUCGCUCGCUCUCUGGCUGCUGUUCUCCCCGUGCGCUUCUGGGCCAGCCCUCUUUUCAGGAUGCAGCCUUGAGGGGGGAUGCUGCGCUCUCCGCCUUUGGACUGAAGCCCCUCAUUGCCCUGCAGUUGGGAAAGCAGGGAGCAUCGGAAGGGCCUGGAGCCGGGCUGUCGAGACCCAGCCGGCAGCGAGGGACCAUCCUCUCUCUCUCGCUCGGACCCUCUCCAGACACCUUUCUUUUCAUUUUCCCCACUCACCGCUUUGGCACACCGGAUCGGAUGGAUCUCUAGAGAAGACGGCGCGGCGCCUUUGGGAAUAUAAGUGGCGCGGAGGAGGCGACGGCGGGCCAGGCGAGCGAGCGAGCAGCGCGCAGGGGGCCAAGGCGCCCCGGAGGUUGGGCAGGGGGGCGCGCGCGUCGAGUUUUUUUUGGCACGCUCGGCGUUGGAGGCACCCCUCUCCAUGGAGACGAGGCGGACAUGGUCCACAAGGUGGAAAACGAAACGGUGGUUCUGGGACUCCGCUUGGCCCGCGCUACUCGUCGCUUGGAUGCUCCUGCUGGAGGCGGCGGAGGUCAGGGGAGCUGAACCAGUCGACGUGCUCAAAGCAUUAGAGUUUCACAAUUCACCAGAAGGAAUAUCAAAAACAGCAGGAAUUUGCAUAAACAGAAGGAAUUCCAAAGGAUCAGAUGUUGCCUACAGAGUUUCAAAAAACGCACAACUCAGUGCUCCAACCAAACAAUUGUACCCAGGUGGAAACUUCCCUGAAGACUUUUCGAUACUAUUUACAGUGAAACCUAAAAAAGGGAUCCAGUCCUUUCUUUUUUCUGUCUACAACGAACAAGGCAUCCAGCAAGUUGGUGUUGAGGUGGGCAGAUCGCCUGUCUUCCUGUAUGAGGAUCAAAAUGGGAAGCCUGCGCCGGAAGAUUAUCCCCUCUUCAGAACGGUCAACAUUGCUGAUGGAAAGUGGCAUCGGGUAGCCAUUAGUGUGGAGAAGAAAUCCGUCACUCUGAUUGUGGACUGUAAGAAGAAAACCACGAAACCACUUGGCAGGAGUGACCGAGCAAUUGUUGACACCAAUGGCAUCACAGUCUUUGGAACAAGGAUUCUUGAUGAGGAAGUUUUUGAGGGUGAUAUCCAGCAGCUGUUGAUUGUCGGCGAUCCCAGAGCAGCCUAUGACUAUUGUGAACAUUAUAGCCCAGACUGUGGUUCCCCUGUGCCCAAUGCUCCUCAAGCUCAGGAACCUCAGGUUGAUGAGUAUGGAACUGAAGAUUUAAUUGAAUAUGACUAUGACUAUGGAGAUCCAGAUUAUAAAGAUUAUAAAGACCUUGACUCUGUAACAGAGGGACCCCCACUGUACGACGAGAUUGUCACACAGACUGAGAAAAAGAAAAAAGCCCCAAAGAAGAAGAGGACAGUGGCUGCUAACUCAAAGAGCAACUCCCCAAAGUUCACACUCAAAAAAUAUGAAUCAUUUUCAUCCAAGAAGAAGAAAAGCUAUCAAGCCUCAGCAAAAAGCAAACUAGGGGCCAACAUUGUCGAUGAAUAUAAUGAAUAUAAUGUGGCUGAAACUGACUAUGGGACCUCUGAGGGCUACCAGACUGAGACUCCAAGCCGAACGACGGGACCAAAUGAGCAAAAUCCUGUUGAAGAAGUAUUUGCUGAAGAAUACGUAACAGGAGAGGAGUAUAACUCUGAGACUAAAAAAACUGAGGAAACAGAUUAUGGAAACAGAGGAGUAGACCACAGUGAAUCUGAAGUUGUGGUAGAUGGAGAAGUAGGCGAAUAUGAUUUUUAUGAAUAUAAAGAAUAUGAAGAGAAGCCAACCAACCCUGCUAACGAGGAGUUUGGGCCUGGUGUUCCAGCAGAGACCGAUAUCACAGAAACAAGCGUGAAUGGCCAUGGAGCCUAUGGGGAAAAAGGACAGAAGGGCGAAGCAGCUGUGAUUGAACCUGGGAUGCUUAUUGAAGGACCACCAGGACCUCCAGGACCUCCGGGUCUUAUGGGUCCCUCAGGAACACAAGGCCCCACUGGACCUCCUGGUGACCCAGGCGAUAGGGGCCCACCUGGACGUCCUGGUCUCCCAGGAGCUGAUGGUUUAGCUGGACCUCCAGGUACCAUGUUAAUGUUACCGUUCCGCUUUGGUGGCGGUGGCGGCGACAAAGGCCCAGCCAUCUCAGCACAGGAAGCUCAAGCACAAGCUAUUCUUCAGCAAGCCAGGAUUGCCAUGAGGGGACCUCCAGGCCCUAUGGGACUCACUGGAAGACCAGGUCCUGUGGGUGGUCCUGGUGGUUCAGGAGCCAAAGGUGACAGUGGAGACCCAGGUCCUCAGGGUCCUCGGGGUAUACAAGGUCCAGCUGGUUUGCCUGGGAAACCUGGCAAAAGGGGUCGUCCAGGUGCAGAUGGAGCCAGAGGGAUGCCAGGGGAACCUGGUUCCAAGGGUGACAGAGGUUUUGAUGGCCUUCCUGGUCUACCUGGUGAAAAAGGUAACAGGGGAGAUCGUGGGCCACAAGGAUCUCCUGGUUCUCCCGGUGAAGAUGGAAUGAGAGGCGAAGAUGGCGAAGUUGGACCAAGAGGUCUCCCAGGUGAAGCUGGUCCACGAGGGUUGCUGGGACCAAGAGGAACACCCGGUCCACCAGGACAGCCCGGAAUCUCAGGUAUUGAUGGCCCACAAGGACCAAAAGGAAACUUGGGUCCUCAAGGUGAACCAGGACCCCCUGGGCAACAAGGAAUCACAGGUCCACAAGGGCUUCCAGGUCCACAAGGCCCAAUUGGCGUUCCUGGUGAAAAAGGACCUCCGGGCAAGCCUGGCCUUGCAGGACUUGCUGGUGCUGAUGGCCCUCCCGGUCACCCAGGCAAAGAAGGACAGUCGGGAGAGAAAGGUUCCUUGGGGCCUCCAGGUCCUCAAGGCCCAAUUGGGUAUCCCGGCCCCCGUGGUGUAAAGGGCGCUGACGGUGUCCGCGGUCUCAAAGGUGGCAAAGGUGAAAAGGGUGAAGACGGUUUCCCUGGAUUUAAAGGUGAUAUGGGUCUUAAAGGUGACAGAGGUGAAGUUGGCCCUCUUGGUCCACGAGGAGAAGAUGGCCCUGAAGGUCCCAAAGGCCGUUCUGGCCCAACAGGAGACCCAGGUGGGGCUGGUCAAGCUGGAGAAAAGGGUAAACUUGGUGUUCCCGGAUUACCAGGAUAUCCAGGAAGACAAGGUCCAAAGGGCUCAACUGGGUUCCCUGGAUUUCCGGGUUCCAACGGAGAGAAAGGCGCAAGGGGCUUGCACGGAAAACCUGGCCCAAGGGGACAGCGAGGACCAACUGGACCACGUGGGUCAAGAGGCCCAAGAGGCCCAACUGGGAAACCUGGCCCCAAGGGCACGGCUGGCAGUGACGGACCCCCUGGCCCACCAGGUGAAAGGGGCCCACAAGGACCCCAGGGGCCUGUUGGAUUUCCUGGACCAAAGGGACCUCCUGGUCCGCCAGGGAAGGAUGGCUUGCCCGGACACCCAGGGCAGAGGGGUGAAACUGGUUUCCAAGGCAAGACUGGCCCCCCGGGUCCUGGUGGCGUGGUUGGACCUCAGGGCCCCACUGGCGAGACUGGCCCAAUAGGUGAGAGAGGUCAUCCUGGUCCUCCAGGCCCACCAGGUGAACAAGGUCUUCCAGGGGCUGCUGGGAAAGAAGGUGCUAAGGGUGAUCCAGGUCCUCAGGGAAUCUCUGGGAAAGAUGGACCUCCAGGACUCCGUGGUUUCCCAGGUGAAAGAGGCCUGCCAGGAGCUCAGGGUGGAGCUGGUCUGAAAGGAGGAGAAGGUCCACAAGGUCCACCGGGUCCCAUUGGUUCACCUGGUGAACGUGGUCCGGCAGGUACUGCUGGCCCAAUUGGUUUGCCUGGACGUCCUGGUCCCCAGGGUCCUCCUGGGCCAGCAGGAGAAAAGGGAGCUCCGGGUGAAAAAGGUCCCCAAGGCCCAGCCGGACGUGAUGGAGUACAAGGGCCUGUAGGCCUUCCUGGCCCUGCUGGUCCAGCUGGUUCUCCUGGAGAAGAUGGUGACAAGGGAGAAAUCGGAGAACCAGGUCAGAAAGGGAGCAAAGGUGACAAAGGAGAAAAUGGUCCUCCUGGACCACCAGGUCUUCAAGGUCCCGUCGGAGCUCCUGGUAUAGCUGGGGGUGAUGGAGAACCUGGUCCAAGAGGACAGCAAGGGAUGUUUGGGCAAAAAGGCGAUGAAGGCCCACGAGGCUUCCCUGGUCCUCCAGGUCCCAUUGGUCUUCAGGGUCUUCCUGGCCCACCAGGGGAAAAAGGUGAAAAUGGUGAUGUUGGUCCAAUGGGUCCUCCUGGUCCCCCUGGCCCAAGAGGUCCGCAGGGUCCAAGUGGAGCUGAUGGUCCUCAAGGUCCACCAGGAUCUGUUGGCUCUGUUGGAGGUGUUGGUGACAAGGGUGAACCCGGAGAAGCUGGUAACCCUGGCCCUCCUGGAGAAGCUGGAACAGGGGGUCCAAAAGGGGAAAGGGGUGAAAAGGGUGAGGCUGGACCACCAGGGGCAGCUGGACCAGCAGGUAUUAAAGGACCUCCAGGUGAUGACGGACCUAAAGGUAACCCGGGUCCUGUUGGCUUUCCUGGUGACCCUGGUCCCCCUGGUGAACCUGGGCCUGCUGGAACUGAUGGUACAGGAGGGGAGAAAGGUGAAGAUGGUGACCCAGGCCAACCCGGUCCACCAGGUCCUUCAGGUGAAGCAGGACCCCCUGGCCCUCCUGGGAAGAGAGGACCUCCAGGAGCAGCUGGUGCCGAAGGAAGGCAGGGUGAAAAAGGAGCAAAGGGGGAACCUGGUUCAGAAGGUGCUCCAGGAAAAACAGGCCCAGUUGGACCUCAGGGCCCUUCAGGGAAACCUGGCCCAGAAGGUCUUCGGGGUAUUCCUGGCCCCGUGGGAGAACAAGGUCUACCUGGAGCACCAGGUCAAGAUGGUCCUCCAGGUCCCAUGGGUCCACCUGGCUUGCCUGGCUUGAAAGGAGAUCCAGGUUCCAAGGGUGAAAAGGGCCAUCCUGGUUUGAUUGGUCUGAUCGGACCUCCAGGAGAACAGGGAGAAAAGGGUGACAGGGGUCUGCCGGGCCCCCAGGGAGCCACUGGAGCAAAAGGAGAUGGAGGAAUUCCUGGUGCUGCUGGCCCACUUGGUCCUCCUGGUCCACCUGGCUUACCUGGACCCCAAGGACCCAAAGGCUCUAAAGGUUCAACAGGUCCUGGUGGUCAGAAGGGUGAUGGUGGUUUACCUGGACCUCCUGGACCUCCUGGCCCUCCGGGUGAGGUGAUUCAACCUUUGCCGAUCCAGUCACCCAAAAAGACCAGAAGAUCUUCAGAUGCCAUGAUGUCUGAUGCAGCUGACAGCAUCCUGGAUUACACCGACGGCAUGGAGGAGAUCUUUGGCUCACUUAACUCUCUGAAGCAGGACAUUGAGCACAUGAAAUACCCAAUGGGGACUCAGAACAAUCCAGCCCGAACAUGCAAGGAUCUCCAGCUUUGUCACCCAGACUUCCCAGAUGGAGAGUAUUGGAUUGAUCCUAACCAGGGCUGUUCCGGGGACUCUUUCAAAGUGUACUGUAAUUUCACAGCAGGAGGAGAAACUUGCAUAUAUCCAGAUAAGAAGUCAGAAGGAGUAAGGAUUUCAUCAUGGCCAAAGGAAAAUCCAGGAACCUGGUUUAGUGAAUUUAAGAGAGGCAAGCUGCUUUCCUACGUGGAUGCUGAAGGCAAUUCCAUUAAUAUGGUCCAAAUGACAUUCCUUAAACUACUGAGUGCCUCUGCCCGACAGAACUUCACUUAUAACUGCCAUCAGUCAGUGGCAUGGCAUGACGUGUCUUCUGACAGCUAUGACAAAGCACUGAGGUUCUUAGGCUCAAACGAUGAAGAGAUGUCUUAUGACAACAAUCCUUACAUCAAAGUUCUUCACGAUGGCUGUGCGACACGAAAAGGCUAUGCAAAGACUGUUCUUGAAAUUGAUACUCCCAAAAUUGACCAAGUGCCUAUUUUUGAUGUGAUGAUUAAUGACUUUGGUGAUCAGAAUCAGAAGUUUGGAUUUGAAAUUGGCCCCGUCUGUUUCCUUGGUUAAGCUUAGAAACAAAGAGAAGAUCGUCAACAAAGAAAAAAUGCACCUUGGUGCUACCCACCAACCCCACUUGAUGCCACAUGCAAGUUUUGAAUAAGAAUGGAAUAGAAAAAUAUGUCUCACCAUGUAUGUAUGUCUUCUCUAGAAAACACCUGUUGCCCCAGUAGGACCAGAUUCACAUGACUUAAACUUGUUUGGCCCAUUAUGAAGGAUCCUGCGGCAGAGACAGACAACGUGGGGUAAAUUAUCUGAAAAUCCUCCAACAUCCCAUUCCGCCCCAACCCACCUGCCCCUCCCUUGAUAUUUUGGUGCUGUAAAAUUGAAUGUCAUGGUGCUCCUUCCAUUACAACAUAAGAGGUGCUAAGAAGGUAUGUUUAAUAAACUGUAAUUAUUCUAUGUACAGUACAACGCUGUCCUUUCUGUGUCCAUUUCCAAAACUUGCAUGUGUCCCUGAAUCGCAACUGGCUCUUCUCUUAUAAUGAUUUCAAAAUUAUGUUGUCAAUACUGCGUAUGUAUUAUGAAAAAAUAAAGUUGUAAUUUCCAGUGAAUCCAAUCCCAUAUUUUUUUCUGAUUAAUAAUAUUAAUAUUAAUAAUAAAAAACCCUUUGUAUAUAUUGCUGUUCAAGAGCUCUGUUAUUUGUAGUCACCAGGAAAAGCUCAGGUGGCAGAACUGGAAACAUUUUAGUAACACACGUCUCUACUGUUACUGCUUUGUGAUAAAGAACUCCAAGAAGGAAAGUACCAAUUGAGGUGCUGUUCCGUGGUGCUAUACCUCAGACUUUUUUCCUUUUCCUUUUCUGAUGCCAGGGAAUUUCAAGAAUAUAUAUAUUGAUAUAUGCCUAAAAUAAGCAGGUUUUAUGUUUGGGAAUGGGAAACAUGUAUGGUUAAAAUGAAAAUGUGAUGCAGGGCCUCUUCUGAUGCUACUUUUAGGGUGUGGGACAGCAUUUCUCAACCUGUGGGUCCCCAGAUGAUGUUGAACUACAACUCCCAUCACCCCUAGCUAGCAAGGCCAGAGCUCAGGGAUGAUGGGACUUGUAGUCCAACAAUAUCUGGGGACCCACAGGUUGAGAACCGCUGGUGUGGGAGCUGUUGGUGCAUGAGAUCUUCCUGUUCCUCUCUGGUAAUAUUGGGAGGCUGAGGCCAUGUAGAAGGAGUCUAUUCUGUGGCUCCUUGCUACAUCAGUGUUACUGCUCAUCCCCAAAACUGGAGCAACAUGGCUAUGUGGAGGAGCUGCCCCAUGAUCUCUCACAUGGAGAGAUGUUACCAGAGCUAGGUGGAGAAGCAUGCAUGCUCUGUUUGCCGUGCCCUACAGACAGCAUCAAAAAGAGGCCCUUAAAUAACCUGUCAUGGGAGUCGUCUUCAGACAUUCAGAAAAAAAUAUAUGAGGCUCAAACUGGGGCAGGAUGUGGGCAUUAGGUGCAUGUGGAUCCACCUCCAAGCUUUCUGAAGGGGCCUUCUAAGUGUGUACAUGCUUAGCAGACUCCUUGCAACGUGGAACCCUGAAAAUGCAAGAAAGCUGAGAGGGGGAGCAGGUAUUUCCAAUGCAAAUAGGAACAUCAGGGAAACAGCCAGUGUGCAUGUCUAACCCACCCACCCACCCCAGCUGAGCCCACAUGCAUUAUUUUUGAAUACUCGGAGAAGCCUAUGGCCAUUCCGUUUCUUGUACCUCACCUGAAUUUUGUCGCAUAGAUACUGAAACCAGAUUCUAAACCAUUAUUUAUGGAUUGUGUCCCCAUCAGUUGUCUGAUGGAAUUACACCAUUAUAUGUGAGCCAAGAUUAAUAUUUCCUGCCCUGGACAUCAUUCAAUAUAAGAAGUCUCAGAUUCUAUCCUCUCAUCCCCAUCAGUAUUUAUUUUCUUGAGUCCCAGUCGAGGAAUAUUGGAGCCCAACAGAAAGCCGUAUAUCAAGAAAGUAAGAUGGUGAGAGUCAUCUACUCUCAGGUGUGUGUAGGAUUGCCAAUAUUUAUACCAGCUCCAGUAGAUGUGUCUUUUAAGACGUUGAUGAGCUUGAUGAGCAGAUAUUAGCAUGAAAAGCUUCACCUGUUGAUUUCGGCAGACCCAGCUGCUUGUUAAAGGUGCUAGUAGACCAGGUCACGUUAUUGCUUGUGGGGUUGUUUUGGCCAAUUGGUGCUGAAUACUGUCAGUACUGAUCAUCAUUUCAGUGGUUUGCAGGAAGAGGAGGAGGAGGAAGACCCCAUGCACAUGUUCCAUGUUCUGGAUAUGUAUUCCUAGAAUCUGUUACCCCCUCAGUAAAGGAGAUGCAGGAGUAGAAAUAUGGGUCUACUCAUGAAUAACCUUUGCUGGACUGUGGCAAAUUAAGUCCAAGUCAUGUGAUUCUACCUAGCUGCCAAGCAACUAACGAGGAAACAGCUAGCUAUAGAACUUAUUUUCUGACCCUAACGGUCAUAAUUUGCAAUGCAUCCCCCACCCCACUACCACCCCGUGGCUAAUCUGCCCUGGCCUCAACACAUUUUUCUCUCUCCAGGUAGUCAGACAUAGAUCUUAACUUAAAAACGCAAAUCCUUUUGUACUUAUUUUUCAUAAUAUAUGUAAGACUUGAAAAAUAAAUGUUUGUUACUAUUUCUUAUAUAAAUUUGUUUAAAUUAAUUGAUAUCAGAUUCAAGUAGCUCGUUUUCAGCUGUUUUUUUUAAAAAAUCAUGCAUACAUUUUAUAUGUACAACAGAUUUUAAAGUCAACAGUUUGCUGUUCAGAAUUCCUUUUUUUAAAAAAACCAAAGUUUGUAACUUUCACCUCAAAGAGGGAAAAAUAUACAUUUUAUUAAUAAAAUCAAGUCUUGUCUA